UAAAAUCAAUUGGCUAGCCAAGUCCAAAACAAAUCCUAGGAAAUAGCAUUGUGAUUAGGAAUGAUCCUAAUGAUGAUUUCAGCUUGAAUUUGUGAUAGUCCGGUAUUAAUUCUGAGGUGUUUUGAUUAGGUUCCUGAUCGUUCUGUCAGUUAGUGCGUGAAUUGAGUGCUUGGUUUUAUGCAAGUGAGGUAAGUAAUUUAUGGUAAUGCCCGUACUGUUUUAAAAGCAUGUUUUGAUUUGUUUUGAAGUGGUGGCAGAACUAAACCCAUUUUACACAAGCAUGACUGAUUUGAAGUGAAAUGUUUUAUGCUUUCAUUUAAAUUGAGCAUGCCUACUUGAAAUUUAAGUGAUUGUCCUGAUGAUCUGAAAGUGAUUGUGAAUCGUGAUUUUCCUGUUAACUUCUGCCUGUUUUGUCUCCGAUGUGGUCAUGUUAUUCGUGACCCUGCUAGUGGGGGAGGUUAUAAACGCUAGCACAUGUCGACAUGUUAGUGAAAGAGCCGGUUCGUUCAACCCAGCUAGUGGGGGUUAUACACCAGUAAAUCGUGGCCCUGCUAGUGGGGAUUAUACACUGGCCGUGACCUAUAGAGGAGACGUCUAUUUCGUGCCCGUACUGUAUCUGUUUUCGUGAUUGAUGUGAAAUCGAGGACGGGGAAACCACGGGAAGUGACGAGUUAGAAAGCUAGCCAUUUCGAGAUUGAUAUAGAUUCUAGAAAUCAUGAUCUUGUAAGCUAGAGUGUACUUGGAGAUUUUAUGAUAUCAGAGAUUUUAUAAUUUGAUCUUCAGAUUUUGAUGGUAUCAGAGUGUGAAUUUGAUAAGUUUCGAGCCUUGUGCAUUUGUAGGACCCGUCUCACGAGUGCACGACGUCUGUCGCGCCUCGAAUUUGGGUUUUGGGGGGUGACAGUAGGCAUCUGCACGGGCUUAGCUUGCCCCCAUCCCUGUCUCUGCUUGGGAGUAUCCACAGGUGUAUCCUCAUCACUGGGAGACUCGACCUGUAUAUCAGCAUUUGAAGCUGGAGUCUCCAGAACCACAUCAGUUGGAACCACAUCAGUUGGAACCUCUUCCUGAAGUCAUCUUUGGGGGUCAAAUAGGUUUCACCGUUGCGGUUGGGUGGAAUCAACAGCCUCCAUGCAACGAGAACUACAGCAAUCCAUUGUAAAAAAAAAAAUAUAACAAAUGCAAAAUAAAUCAUUAAUACAAUG